CUCGGGUCACGUGACAGCAGAUCGCCGCCGAACGCGUUCUCUUUUCAGGUGCUUUUUCCGCUGCCAGCUUUUACUCCCGACGCUCGGCGGGCCAUUUCUCCCCGCAAAGGCCGCACGUUCCCAGGAGGUUACAAACUCACCGUGCGCCACCAUCCUCAUCAUCACAGAAUACUGACCGGUUUUUCACCCAAAAUUGGAGCGCGCGUGGUGGAGGAUGACUGGCAAAACGCAGACUAGCAACGUGACCAACAAGAAUGACCCUCGCUCGCUCAACUCGCGCGUCUUCAUCGGCAACCUCAACACGGCCAUCGUCAAGAAGACGGACAUCGAGGUGAUCUUUGCCAAGUACGGCAAGAUCGUGGGCUGCUCCGUGCACAAGGGCUACGCCUUCGUGCAGUACGUCAACGAGCGCAAUGCCCGGGCGGCCGUGGCGGGCGAGUACGCCCGGGUCAUCGCCGGGCAGCCUCUCGACAUAAACAUGGCCGGUGAGCCGAAACCAUACAGGCCCAAAGUCUCCAAGAGGCCUCUUUCAGCGGUCUACAGUGGUUACGAGUUUGACUACGAGUACUACAGAGAUGACUUCUACACCAGGCUUUUCGACUACCACGGCCGAGCGGCGGCGGCUGUGCCGCCGCGAGCCGCGGUCCCCCCGAAGCGCUCCAGGGUGGCGGCGGCCUCGUCCCGCCGCCUCAAGACCUCCUUGCCCGCCAAGACGUCCUCGUCCUCGUCGUCCUCGUCCUCCAGACCGCCCGCCUCCUCCUCCUGCUCACCCGCCGUCAAACCAGUGAAGACGGAGCAGCUGCAGACCAUCAAGAGGGAGCUGACGCAAAUCAAGACCAAGAUCGACUCCCUGCUGGGACGCCUGGACAAGAUUGAGAUGCAGCAGCGAGCCGAGUCCGAGGCUCAGAGGAAGUACGAGGACAACAGCGACUCGCUGCACAACGAGUCCGCGGCGGACAACUCCGGCGAGGAGGACGGCGACGGUGUGCUGAUGGCCGGCGAGGCCGGUGAGAUGAGCGACGGCGGUGAGGGCGAGUACGAGGAGGAAGAGGGUGCCCAUCAUCUGAUGGAGAACCACGUUUCCGACAUCGACAACUGAGGACGAGGACGCCGAGGGAUUCUUCGGCAGGCGGGAACUGACGACGAGUCGGGACUGGAUCAAAACGUGAUGUACAGUAUGUAAACAAAACUAACAACAACAAAAAACAAGGGGGCGAUUUGCCGCCCCCCAAGCAAGAGGCCAACGGUCCUGCGCACUUGCAAAGUUUCUGUUGUGCAUUUGACUGUACGCCGAUCCACUUUGGAUUUGGACGUCUUUAGUCGUCCAUUUUGCACCCAAAAUGGAAUCUCCUCAUGCUUUUUGGGGGGAGGGGUGGAGGGACGACAAUUCAUGGUCUGCUAGGAUCAUAACAACAACAAAAUAUGCUGCAUUGGAUAUAAAUUUCACUUUUAAUCAAUAUUUUCCAACAUGAAAGGUGAAAAACGGUCUGUAUGGUUGUAGAUGGCACCAUGUGACCUGGAUUUGUCAGCCUAAUAGUUAAAAUGUUCUAUUUUACAAGAAUACUUAUUGAUUCAUAAUCCUUCUAUUUCUUUAUAUUUUGUGUAUUGAUUACAAAAAAUAGUUGCGCUCUCAGGGUGCCCAAAAAGUGCUGAUGAAGCUGUAAUUCAGCAUGCUGAUAAUAUUCAGUUUAUGCCAAACGGUCAAAAUAAACAAAUGUCAACGUGUCAUUAUUACUUUUUUUACAUUUACAUUUUAAUUUGGGUGCCACAAGUGAGGAAUCCCAGAUCUAAUCUAAUCAAAUUCCACUUUCAAAUGCUGACGUGUCUUUUUGUUGGCCAAAAUGGACAAGAAGAAACAUCGUGGUCUGCUUCUCAUUCGAGACAUAAACUGAAGUCCGUCUGAUCAGACGGACUUCGGCCGACUCAUUCCAGCACUCGUCGGAGACCUAAUCCUCAUCAUCAUCACCUUGGCUUUAUGGCUCUUCGCUCUCCAUUUGCAUUGCAGGCCUUGCUGGAUUUUGAAGUGAGCGCUGCUCUUUCAAGGGUCACGGCACUCACAUUCGCCCCCCCAACAAGUCCACAAAAGUACAAUGAAUCACGGUGGCGAUACAUUCUACACUGUUUUUUUCAUUUUUUUAUUUUUUUACCCCUCCCACAUGCUUUACAAAACAUGAAAACAUUCAACUUAGCUUUAUUGAUCACUUUAACAACCAGCAUUUUAAAACACACCAACAUUUCAAAAGACACAUUUUACAAAGUAUUCCUGAGCAACUCUUCUCACUCUCUCGCUGUCACAAAAAGGAGAGACUCAUUUGGACAACAUCACUUGAAGGAAGCAAAGAAAGAAAGAGACUCGCUGCCAGUUCUCCAAAUAAGAGACCGAGUGUGCUUGCUUCAAGUUGUUGUUGUUGUUUUUUUUUUAGUUUUAAGUUUCCUGCAGAAUUGACACGUACAACAUGCGUGUUUCUGGUGCAUUUCGUCAAAAUUAAAUUAUCUGUAAGCAGUUUAUUUUCAGGGUCAUGUGGUAAGAUAAGUUUGAAAUAAUAUCAUAGUUUGUGGUGUAUUUCUGGUUUCAACCAUUACUAUUGGCAAUUAUAACGUUUUGGGGUUGUCAACGAUGCUUGUUUUUUUUUGCUAUUCAUGUCAGGACUCAGUCUCUAAUUUUGGUCAUUAAACUUCAUUUCAAAAAUGCUGAAAAAUAUUUAUUUUAUCCAGAUCAGCAUCAAAGUGUAACAUUUCCUUCCUUUCCCCAAAAAAACUAACAAAGGAAUUGUCCUUGGUGGAGGUAAAUAACUCCAAAGUGGCGCCCUGUUGUUGAUUUGCGUGCACUGGCCCUUUAAAUCACAGAGCAGCAACUCAAAUCCAAUCAAGAAUAAGACAAAAAAAAAAGGCUUUUAACAAUUGCUUCUUACAUUAGUCCAUUUUUUGAUUGCCUGGGAGUAGUAGUUACCAUGGCAACAGUAGUUCAAUGACCGUUUGUUGUCGAUAGGCCUCAACUGUUGUACAGAAAAAAAAUUCUUUUUUUUUUGGGAGAAAUAUUUUUAUCAAAAGGCAUGAUUACUGUACUUUGCAUUUUCUUUUUAUCUAUGAAAAGGCGAGGGAAAAAAUAAUGGUACAGUAUAUAUAGGAAAAUUGCUGUACGGAAAUGAGGUUUAUUGUUGUUUAUUGUGUAUAUAUAUCAAACUCAUUGUGUUCAUAUGAGGUCAAUAAAGUUUGUGUCACGUUUAAUUAAAACGCCUUCUUUG